UAAUUUGGGUUAAUACUAGUGAGUGAGGUUUUUGCGGCUUCAAAGGGUAUUUCAAGUUUCCGGAGCUCCUCCCCUCUGCACCGUGUGACAACAACAACUCGUCCAGCCGGCAGCCUGCACUUUUCAGCUCAUUUUCUCUCUGUCAUUCCCCUCUCAAUCUUUGAUCAAUGUACUUGCCAGGGAGAACCCAAGUCCCUCAAUCCUCCUCCUUUCCACCUUCAUCCUUAACUUUGUGCUAGAGCGGGGACCCACACAACAACAGCCGACCCUCCCCGCCCCCGCCCCCAAACCAGCCCUCGAUCCCAGCCCCUGGAGAGGACUCGCAUUUCGACUUGCGGGACACUUUGUGCGUUUCUCUCUAGAGCGCCUCUCUCGCUCGCCCCUCCUGCGCUCGCUCUUUCUUACCCUCACCUCCUUUUUCCCCCUUCUCUCCCUUUCUCCUCGUCCUCUCCUAGAGUUGUUGUUGUUGUUGUUGCCCCUCUUGCUUCUUCUCCCCCCUUUCCCCCGUCCCCUCCCGGAGGUGUGUGGCAACUUUUCCCCUCUCUUCUCCUCCUUCUGUUUCCCCCCUUAUAUGUGACCAUGGCAGUGCCGGCGGCUUUGAUCCCUCCGACCCAGCUGGUCCCCCCUCAACCCCCGAUCUCCACGUCUGCUUCCUCCUCUGGCACCACCACCUCCACCUCCUCGGCGACCUCGUCUCCGGCUCCGUCCAUAGGACCCUCCGUGUCCUCUGGGCCAACUCUGUUCAGUAGCAGCAGCAGCAGUAGCAGUAGUAGCAGCAGCAGUAGCAGCAGCAGCAGCAGCUGCGGCCCCCUCCCCGGGAAACCCGUGUACUCAACCCCGUCCCCAGUGGAAAACACCCCCCAGAAUAAUGAGUGCAAAAUGGUGGAUCUGAGGGGGGCCAAAGUGGCUUCCUUCACGGUGGAGGGCUGCGAGCUGAUCUGCCUGCCCCAGGCUUUCGACCUGUUCCUGAAGCACUUGGUGGGGGGCUUGCACACGGUCUACACCAAGCUGAAGCGGUUGGAGAUCACGCCGGUGGUGUGCAAUGUGGAACAGGUUCGCAUCCUGAGGGGACUGGGCGCCAUCCAGCCCGGAGUGAACCGCUGCAAACUCAUCUCCAGGAAGGACUUCGAGACUCUCUACAAUGACUGCACCAACGCAAGUUCUAGACCUGGAAGGCCUCCUAAGAGGACUCAAAGUGUCACCUCCCCAGAGAACUCUCAUAUCAUGCCACAUUCUGUCCCUGGCCUCAUGUCUCCUGGAAUAAUUCCACCAACAGGUCUGACAGCAGCAGCUGCAGCAGCUGCCGCUGCUACCAAUGCAGCUAUUGCCGAAGCAAUGAAGGUGAAAAAAAUCAAAUUAGAAGCUAUGAGCAACUAUCAUGCCAGUAAUAACCAACAUGGAGCAGAUUCUGAAAAUGGGGACAUGAAUUCAAGUGUCGGCAGCAGUGAUGGUUCUUGGGAUAAGGAAACACUGUACUCCUCCCCAUCCCAGGGAUCUCAGGCUUCUGUUACCCAUCCCCGCAUGCCUGGAGUGUAUAGCCUUCCACUUAGUCAUCCUCUCAACCAUCUUCAGCACAGCCACCUUCUGCCAAAUGGACUGGAACUUCCUUUUAUGAUGAUGCCCCAUCCUCUAAUUCCUGUAAGCCUACCUCCAGCAUCUGUCACCAUGGCAAUGAGCCAGAUGAACCACCUCAGCACCAUUGCAAACAUGGCAGCGGCAGCACAAGUUCAGAGUCCUCCAUCCAGAGUUGAGACAUCUGUUAUUAAGACUGUGGCAGGUCAUGACAUGGGACAUGAGUCGAAAAGGAUGCAUAUUGAGAAAGAUGAGACCCCACUUUCUACACCAACCGCAAGAGACAGCCUUGACAAACUUUCUCUAACUGGGCAUGGACAACCACUACCUCCAGGGUUUCCAUCUCCUUUUCUGUUUCCUGAUGGAUUGUCUUCCAUAGAGACCCUUCUGACUAAUAUACAGGGGCUCUUAAAAGUUGCCAUAGAUAAUGCCAGAGCUCAAGAAAAACAGGUUCAACUGGAAAAAACAGAGCUGAAGAUGGAUUUUUUAAGAGAAAGAGAACUAAGGGAAACACUUGAGAAGCAGCUGGCUAUGGAACAAAAGAACAGAGCCAUUGUUCAAAAGAGACUAAAGAAGGAGAAGAAGGCAAAGAGAAAAUUGCAGGAAGCACUUGAAUUUGAGACAAAACGGCGUGAGCAAGCAGAGCAGACACUAAAACAGGCAGCUUCAACAGACAGUCUCAGGGUCUUAAAUGACUCUCUGACCCCAGAGAUAGAAGCUGACCGCAGUGGCGGCAGAACAGAUGCUGAAAGGACAAUACAAGAUGGAAGACUGUAUUUGAAAACUACUGUCAUGUAUUGAAUCUUCACUGUUGAAGAAUUCCUUGUUAUAGUAAAGAACUUUGCAGUCAGACAUUCGUCAUUGGAAAGUUCAGAAAAAAUAAAGUCCUUUUAAGGGAACUUCCUCAAUUUUGUGUAUUAAUGUUCUUUAACAUUUAAGUAUUCUACAAAACCCAGUUUUCUCCAUUGAUUUUCACCUGUGGUUCAUACCAGAGACUUGAGAAUGUUUGUAAAUGUACAAGUAUCAAUCUUCUUACAGUGAAUAACUGCAACUUUGCUGCUGGACACUUGUAUACAAGAAUUAAAGGCAGGUCUGAAUAAGACCUAGCUUUUUUUUUGCUUUUUUUUUUUAAUAGAAUGAACCAUUUUCCUCUUCUGAAAAUUCUGUAUCUGAGCACAUCAAAAGACUCUUGUAGCAAUGGUCACCCAGACUUACAGAAUUAUGUCCCCCCCCAAAACCAGCAAGAACACAUGGAAAUGAACUUGUAAGGGGCCUAGAGGAUUCUGGAAAAAAAAAACUAAUAUUCUGUUACAUCUCUAAUUGUAGGUUUUCUCCUGAAGAUUUUUUUUCCAUAUACUUUCCAAAAGACCAACAAAUGGAUGUUGACAACAACCCAAUAAAUAACAUUUUGCAUAUCUGAAAAGAAGCAUUAAAUAUAAGCCAAAAGGUUUCACUGAAGGUCUCUUUUUCUUAAAAAUAAAAAACAAGAAAUAUAUAUAAAUAUAUAUAUAUAAAUGUAACAUGUUUUCAUUCCAAACUGGUAGUGGUAUAUAGAAUCAGAAAUAAUAAUGUUGCUUCUUAUUCAAACUGUUGGUCACAUGUACAGUAUAUAAACAUAAAACACACAGGAAGGUAUUAUGUAUGCAGUAGUAUACUAGAAUUUAGGAAAAUGAAAAUUUUAGAAAAUAUGUUUUGUCACCCUGUUGGUCAGAAAGAUGUCUUUCUGGUUUUAACGCAUGCAGGCAUGUAAAUAUUUGUCUGGAGUCACAGUAUUAAUGAAUGAGAUCUUAAGCAUCUGGUGACAUCAGAACUCUGUGUCAGCCACUUUUAUUUGUAUAUUGAUCCCUUGUUAGUGCCCCAAACUGCACUAUUGAGAAUGGAUUUGUGGCUGAACAGUAAAAUCAAAACACCAGAAAUAUUUUUAUAUGUUAAUGCCAUAUUAUGUUAAUGUUGCUGAAAAACAAAACCUAACAAACCCUUGAUGUACCAGUCCAAUACCAUGUAGCCCUGAGUGAUAAAGUUAAAAUGUGUUGUGCUUCCCACCCUGGACAGAGGGAAGGGUGGCUACUUGUUAAUUUCACUGUCUUUUUGAAAGUUACAGUAUGUGUUUUCACUUUUGUGCAGAUAACUGGAAGUAAAGCUGCAAACAGUGCUUAUUACAUGCUAAAGUUACCUUUUCUUUGUUUUUAUAUAUCUGGAGUUACACCUUUAAAGACUGAUAUAAAUUAGUACUCUCACUGUACAUUUUAUGAUUUUUCUGUCAUCUUAAAAUUUUAUGAUUAUAACAUUAUUUAUUACCAUAAAACAGCAAAAUCUUAAGUGACUAAGAAAACUAGCAUAAAAUGUUUAAAGGUAGUUCUGAUUGGGUAAUAAUUAUUCGGUUAAGAGAAAAAUUAACAUUAUAGAUACUCUGGCACUAAGCUUCUAUACUUUUUAGGUCUUCCUUGUAUUGCUGGAACAUAAUUCUUUUAUGUAACUCGCUAUUUACCAGCUAAGACCAUUUUUUUUAAUACAAUAAAAAGGUUAUAUGUACAGUUCCUAUUUUAGCUUGCUUAAAAAGGGAGCAAUAUUUUUAUUUAAAAUAUUGUUAGUAAAUGCUUUAUAGAAACUUGGUUUUCUAAGCAUAGUUCUUCCAUAACCAUCUUUCGUUGUUUGAGCACAAGAGAUUCUAUUUCUAGUCACAUGGAAUUUUGUUUGUUUUUCCCUAUAUGCAGUUUUUAAAGGAUUACAGCAUUUGAAAUUGGAGACACUUGUGGCAAGCUUUUGAAUCAUACAUUUUUUGAAAGAUUUUUUUAAAAAGCUACAAUUUACCUAUGUAGUAGAUUCAGUCAUUGCUCUGCUCCUGGCAUAGAGUCAUUUGUUAAGUGUGCUUGAAAGUCUUAAAAUACAUGCUUUCAAGACCCUCUGAGAAUGCUUUAGUGUUUGGUUCAAAAUAAAAGGAAAUUCUAGUAAGGAUUAAAGAAAAAAAAAUCUAUCAGCUGUAUGUUAAGAGAGACUCUUACUAACAUGUUGUAAAUAUUACAAUUCAUGAAAUGUUAUUGUAAGUCUGUAACUUAAUUUUCCCCCUUUUUUAGUUAAACAGGUUGGUUUAGAAAUUUGUGUUUUGGCAUAAACAAGUAAAAUUGUGCCCAUUUUAUUGUUUCCCUGCUUUUGUAAUCUUACAAAUAUUAAUGUCUAGUUGUUCUAUAUUAUAACCACAUUUGCGCUCUAUGCAAGCCCUCGGAACAGAACAUACUCAUCUUCAUGUAGGACCUAUGAAAAUUGUCUAUUUUUAUCUAUAUAUUUAAAGUUUUCUAAAAAUGAUAAAAGGUUAUUACGAAUUUUGUUGUACAAAACCUGUACAAAAAUCUGUUUUUACAUCAUGAUGCAAGAAUUGGAAAUUUUUCUAUGGUAGCCUAGUUAUUUGAGCCUGGUUUCAAUGUGAGAACCACGUUUACUGUUAUUGUAUUUAAUUUUCUUUUUCUUUUCAACAAUCUCCUAAUAAAAAUGUCUGAAAUCUCCUUGUGACUUUA